GUUUAAUGGAGAAGCGUCCAAAAGCGGCUCCUUUUCUUCAUCGCCCCCGCCCCUUCCCUCUUUUACCCCUCCCUCCCACACCCCCAAUCAAACCCUAAUCUCUUCCCCUUCACCUCACUAACCCUCCCAAACCAAGCCCUAAUCUAAUCCCUCCUCUCGAUCCCAGGCCCCCUCACGUCGAUCUCCUCCUCCGCGAUCUAAAGGUAACAAUUCGAUUUUGCUUCUGAAUCCGAUACUCAGAUCUCGCUAGGCUUCACCUGCUGCUGCUGCUUCUUCUUCUUCUUCGAUUCAAUAUGGUGGGAUCCUCGGAGGAGAACAACCCUAACGGCAAUCCGGAUCCGAAUCCGCCGUCGGAGGCGGCGGCGGAGGCGGAGGCGGAGGCGCCGCCGGAGAGCUCGAUCGAAGCCCUAGCGCGCAAGGUCCAGGAAACCCUGAGCCUGGGCGGGAAGCGGCACCGAUUCUGGGAGACGCAACCCGUGGGGCAAUUCAAGGACCUCGGCGACUCCUCCCUCCCCGAGGGCCCGAUCGAGCCCCCGACGCCGAUCUCCGAGGUGAAGCCCGAGCCGUACAACCUGCCCGCGCCGUACGAGUGGACGACGUGCGACAUGGAGGACGAGCGCACCUGCGACGAGGUCUACGCGCUGCUGACGAACAACUACGUGGAGGACGACGAGAACAUGUUCCGGUUCAACUACUCCAAGGACUUCCUGCAGUGGGCGCUCCGCCCCCCGGGCUACUACCGCGCCUGGCACAUCGGCGUCCGCGUCAAGGCCACGAAGAAGCUCGUGGCCUUCAUCACGGGCGUGCCCGCGCGCAUCCGCGUGCGCUCGGACGUGGUCCGCAUGGCCGAGAUCAACUUCCUCUGCGUCCACAAGAAGCUCCGGUCGAAGCGCCUCGCCCCCGUCAUGAUCAAGGAGGUCACGCGCCGCGUCCACCUCGAGAACGUCUGGCAGGCGGCCUACACCGCCGGCGUGGUGCUCCCGACCCCCAUCACGACCUGCCGCUACUGGCACCGCUCCCUCAACCCCAAGAAGCUGAUCGACGUCGGCUUCUCCCGCCUCGGCGCCCGCAUGACGAUGAGCCGCACCAUCCGCCUCUACAAGCUGCCCGACAGCCCCGCCACCCCCGGCUUCCGCAGGAUGGAGCUGCGCGACGUCGCCGCCGUCACCCGGCUGCUCCGCGACUACCUCGCGCAGUUCGCCGUCGCCCCCGACUUGGACGAGGCCGACGUCGAGCACUGGCUGCUCCCCAGGGACGACGUCGUCGACAGCUACCUCGUCGAGAGCCCCGAGACCCACGAGAUCACCGACUUCUGCAGCUUCUACACGCUGCCCUCCUCCAUCCUCAACAACCAGAACUACACCGUCCUCAAGGCCGCCUACUCCUACUACAACGUCGCCACCAAGACGCCCCUCCUGCAGCUCACCAACGACGCCCUCAUCGUCGCCAAGCGCAAGGACUACGACGUCUUCAACGCCCUCGACGUCAUGCACAACGAGUCCUUCCUCAAGGACUUGAAGUUCGGCCCGGGAGACGGCCAGCUCCACUACUAUUUAUACAACUACCGCCUCCGGAACCCUUUGAGACCGGCCGAGCUCGGCCUCGUCCUCCUUUAGGUCGGUCGCCUUCUGCUAUUCUCUCUUCUUAUUACAUCAGUUUUAUUGAUCCUUCCUUCCCUUAUUAGUGGUUUCGGUUUCCCCCCCGUUUUCGUCGGACUGCUCCGUCUGAUUUAUGAUUGUGUUCUCUUGGCUUGGAUGGAUCCUUUAUUGAUUGCUAGACUCGACAAGAAAUUUUUUGCUCUGCUUUAUUUGCAA